AUGGCUGAUCAGGUGAGGGUGAGUCGUAAUGCUGAGGCUGCGAAGAGGUGUUUGGCGACCAUAGAGGAGUGUGCUCGUACCAGGGAGGGGAACCUGCUGGAGCUGGCUGUGGAGCCUGCCAGAGCUAGAUGUUCUGUAGGGGAGAUAACGGAUGCCAUGAAGGCUGUGUUUGGGGAACAUAAAGCCAGAAUGCUGAGUGGAACCUAUCGCAGAGAGUUUGGAGAGCAUGAGGAGAUCUCUACAGCACACAACCGUGUGGUGGAGUUUAAGGAGCAUGAGGGCAGAAACCCUCGUCUGCUGGUGGCCAAGAUGGGCCAGGACGGCCAUGACAGGGGGGGCAAAGGUCAUCGCCACGGGAUUUGCCGAGCUGGGAUUCGAAGUCGACAUCGGACCGCUUUUUCCAGGUGAACUUAGUAGAUAGCUAGCUACUGGACUUGGGAAAUGAAUACUCUUUCAAUUCUCUUCAGGUCUUCAUAGAACUCCAGGACAGCAUGUGGAGAUCAACCGAGGCAGGGAUUCAAACCAAAGCAGAUAAACAACCUGUGUACUGCGACUAAGCCGUUAACAGCGAAUGUGAUCUCUGGCAUUGUCUGGGAAGUUGCCUUUAUAUUUAAAUCUGUUGUUUUGCAUAGGUUGUUAAUUUGCUUUGGAUUGAAUCCUGGCCUCAA